UCGGACAGAGGGGAACUUCACGGCGGCUACGGGUGUGGCUUCAAACGUGAUAAAUCUCAACACGGGGGAAAGAAUGCGUAACGGCAGUAGGCACUGAAACGAGACAAAGACGUAAAGCAGAAAAGAGAAAUAGCCUCUGAAAAGUGGUCGGUGUGUGUGUGGUGGCUUCACUGGCAGCAGGAAUCCGUGUGCUCGGUUUUUCAACAGCUGGAAUACUUUUUUUUUUUUUUUGGGCUGAACUUCGUGGCCCGUUUUCGUGUGUUUCACUUUAACCUGCUCUGAUGGUCUGCUGGAGGAACCGCCGAGUUAGCUAAAAGUCUACCGUCACUCAGAAAGUAGCCUUUUUUCGCCGUUUUUAUUUUAUUUUUAUUGACAACUUCUCCACUCUCGGAAGAAACCGCCAAUGACAGCCUGAGCAACCGACGAGCCUUUGGGAGUUCCGCAGCCGACAUUAGAAACCCAGGUUCACGUCGCAGACAGAGACGUUUUGUUUUUAAUGAUUUUCGCUCCCUCUCGCGGAUGAACGGACUCCGUCACGUUUGUCUCCACUCAUCAAAAAGGGAAGUCGCCUUACUCAACUUCAGCCCUUGUUUUUUAAAAUAAGGGGCUUUCGGACUCGAUUUUUUUUCCCAGGUGAUAUUUUCCCACUCAAGCAGCAGUCCUGAAGCGCGCACUGGGAACCAUGGGUUGUACAGUUAGUCAGGAAGAUAAAGCCGCGGCCGAGAGGUCUAAAAUGAUUGAUAAAAACCUGAGAGAAGAUGGAGAGAAGGCGGCGAGGGAAGUGAAACUGCUGCUGCUGGGUGCUGGAGAGUCAGGGAAGAGCACCAUUGUGAAGCAGAUGAAGAUUAUCCACGAGGAUGGAUACUCAGAAGAUGAGUGUAAGCAGUACAGAGCAGUUGUCUACAGCAACACAAUCCAGUCCAUUAUGGCCAUCAUCAAAGCCAUGGCCAACCUUAAGAUCGACUAUGAGGAAACUACAAGAGCGGAUGAUGCCCGCCAACUGUUUGCCCUGUCAGCAGCAGCAGAGGAGCAGGGCAUCUUGCCAGAAGAUCUGUCCAACGUCAUCCAGCGACUGUGGGCUGACGGCGGCGUCCAGAGCUGCUUCACACGGGCCAGAGAGUACCAGCUCAAUGACUCUGCUGCCUACUACCUAAAUGACCUGGAGAGGAUAGCCAAGCCAGAUUACAUCCCCACACAGCAAGACGUGCUGCGGACCCGAGUGAAGACCACCGGUAUUGUGGAAACACAUUUCACCUUCAAGGACCUGCACUUCAAGAUGUUUGAUGUUGGCGGCCAGCGGUCAGAGAGGAAGAAGUGGAUCCACUGCUUCGAGGGCGUCACGGCCAUCAUCUUCUGUGUAGCCAUGAGCGCUUACGACCUGGUCCUGGCCGAGGACGAGGAGAUGAACCGGAUGCAUGAGAGCAUGAAGCUGUUCGACUCCAUCUGCAACAACAAGUGGUUCACAGAGACGUCCAUCAUCCUGUUCCUCAACAAGAAGGACCUGUUCGAGGAGAAGAUCGCCCACAGCCCUCUGACCAUCUGCUUCCCUGAGUACACUGGCCCCAACAAGUACGAGGAGGCCCAGGCUUACAUCCAGACCAAAUUUGAGGAUCUGAACAAGAAGAAGGACACCAAGGAAAUCUACACCCACUUCACCUGCGCCACCGACACCAAGAACGUGCAGUUUGUGUUCGAUGCCGUCACUGACGUCAUCAUCAAGAACAACCUGAAGGACUGUGGCCUCUUCUGAAACCACGUCUGAGGAAGAGUCAAGCUUACUUGAACAGUUCCGGUGACCAUAAAGAUAGGGGAUUAUACACACAUCAUGAAUGACUGCACUGGCCAACCACGAUUUCUGCUUUGAUCUGCUUUUUAUAAAGACACCUAAGAGACUGAAAACCCGACGAGCCUUGUGGGAUUUCAACGAUUGCUGAUCCAGUCACUCGUAUUGUUAACUCUUAUGGGCUAUGACCACAAAAAUCAACAUUUAUUAUUGUAUUUUUGUUGUUGUUUUUUUUUCUUCUUCUUUAUUUUCAAGUACUAGAGGAGGCAAAGGAAAACUUUUUUAUAUAAAUGCAUUCAUUUUACUUUUAGAAAUUCUGAUGUGCAAAUUAUUAAACUUUUAAUCACAUGAAGCUUAUUUUUUAAGAGGUGAAGCACAGGCAUGGACAUAACAUAUGAUCGAUAAAGGAAAGAGCUUUUUUUUUAUAAUGUUUACAUAAGUUCAUCAUUCGUAGCCAAACCGUAUAUUGUUCUGCAUGACUCAACAUGGCAAGUAUUAGCUCUGUAAUCACUGCACAAAUUAUCUAACAUUCCUACAAAAUCAAAAUAAAAAAUAUUAAAAUGUUGAAAAGAAAAAAAAAACUUCACAUGCAGGGGGAAAUUAUGGCAAAAUUCUAACUGGUAUUUACAGUAUGUGUGUACCUAACAUUCUCUCACUUUUUUUAGUACCAUUUCCAUGUCUGUUGCAGUAUGUUUGUGCCUUGACUUCUGUUUACAACCAAUUCCUAGAUAUGCUUUCAGUACUGUUUGACCUACUGUGCGCCUAUAUUUUUUCUUCCAUUUUCUGCCUAGCACCUAUGAAUAUGUAGUGAUUAUUAAUGAGAGACGAAAAUCUAAUUCAGAAAAAGGUUAGUGUUUUUGGUAAAUAUUAAAAUGCUUUGAAAGUCCUAUAUGAUUUAAUUUAAAUAAAAGUAGAGAUCACCUGA